AAAUGGCACCUGCAGUCGUUUCUCAGUACUGGUCCCCAUGCGAUCAAAAAUAUUUGUUAAUUAUUUGUAAGAUUGCCCAAAGAUGUCUUUUUUACGCAGUGCCGCUGGUCUCCUGGCUCGUGCCAAGCCUCUGGAAGGCUCCACCACAGAGCAAACACGGCGCCACAUCAAGCGUUGGGUUUCGCCGACGUUACGUGAACUCGCCCACCGGCAGAAGAAACUGGGACCGCAGAAACCAGAGGCCCGUUCCGGGUUCGUGGAGUGGAAUCAGCGCUCGGAGCUGUUCGCCUUUGGAAAGCGUUUAGGCGAAUCCUUCGAGCUGUCCCAGCUGCAGCGUGCCUUCACAGAGAAAUCCUUCGCUCGUCGCGAGGAAGAGCGCCGUCGGCAGCUGGGCAUCGAAGAGGCAGACUUACAAAUGGCCGACAACAGCGAUCUGGCCGAGAAGGGCCAACACAUAGCCCGCGCCUACGUUGAGGCAUUCCUGCAGCACCAACUGCCGAAGGUUCCUAAAGAGGGCCUUCAGGCAAUCGCUAACUUUUUGCUCAGCACCGAAUCACUGGCUCACGUGUCCUCCCACCUGGGCACCAAGGAUCUGAUUCAGUCCUCGGAGUACCCGCCCACAGCCGAAAGUCUGGCCCAAUCCCUGCAGGCGGUAAUCGGCGCCCUUGCGAAUUCCAGCGGAAUCGAGAGGGCUUUCCUCUUUGUCCGCGACUUUAUUUGCACUCAGCUGAAUCAAAAGGACCUGUUGGACGUGUGGACACCGCAGGAACCACUGCAGCUGCUGGACAAGAUAUGCCAGGAGCGAAAGCUGGGCGAAGCCGAGCCUCGCCUGCUGGGAGAUUGCGGAAGGAACACUGUGCUGGCCGCGUACCAAGUAGGCAUUUACGCAAACCGUCAGCUACUGGGAAAGGGAUUCGGCGAGGAUUUGAAGACAGCCACCGAAACAGCCGCCAUCGAUGCCUUGCAGAGCAUCUUCGAUACCCACGACAACCGACGACCCUUCGACUUCUCCCUUCAGCUAGAGACCAAGAACGUGCGAUUGGGCUGAGAAACGGAACGGGAUCUGCGUCCUAGUUGAUUAUUGUAAUUUGCACUAAACACAUGUACCCAUGCAUUGUCA